GAUGUCCUGACCCUCAGAAGCUGUUGGAGGUGCGGGAGAGGCGGCGGAAGAAGGCGAUGAGCACGGAUCUGGACCGCCUCUCUCUGGAGUCCUGCUCUUCCUCCAGGUCCAGCCCGGGACCCCCAAACGCCCCCUCGGGCCCCGGCCUCCGCCUCCUCUCGGCCAACGUCAGGAAGCUCCACGGGGCCCUGAACUUGCUCCUCAGCGAGGCGGAAAGGGAGCAGUUCAUCCACUGCCUCAACGUCUACCAUUGCCGUCGGAACGUGUACGACCUGGUGCGGACCCUCAGGGUCCUCCUGGACGGGCCGGAGAAGCGCCGGCUCUUGCCCAUGCUCCGCCUGGUCAUCCCGCGCUCGGACCAGCUCCUCUUUGACCAAUACACCUCGGAGGGGCUCUACCUGAAGGCUGACUUCUUGCCCGGCCUCGAUGCCACCUCAGCAUCACCCCGGUCCCUGCCUCCUCAGCCCGAGCCCUCGUUGGACCUCGCUGCCCCUUUCGAAGGGACGGUGGCCCCCCCGUUGGGCUCUGGGGCGCUUCAUGGGGAGCUCCGUCCAGUGACCCUCAAGCGGCACAAGGCCCACGAAGGGCUGGGCUUCAGCAUCCGCGGCGGUUCGGAGCACGGCGUGGGCAUCUACAUCUCCCUGGUGGAGCCGGGCUCCUUGGCCGAGAAGGAAGGGCUGCGGGUGGGCGACCAGAUCCUGAAGGUCAAUGGCAAGGCCUUGGACAAGGUGACCCAUGCCGAAGCCGUCAAGGCACUCAAGGGGUCCAAGAAGCUGAACCUCUUAGUCCACUCUGUAGGACGCAUCCCCGGCGGCUACAUUACCAACCACAUCUACACUUGGGUGGACCCCCAGGGUCGGAGCGUCUCCCCGCCGACAGGCCUUCCCCAGCACCAGAGCAACUCCCUGCGGAAAGAUGGUGAGAAGAGGAGCCACCUCCAGCUCCUGCAAGAAGGAGAUGAGAAGAAGGUGAACCUGGUGUUGGACGAAGGGCGAUCGCUGGGACUCAUGAUCCGAGGAGGAGCCGAAUACGCUCUUGGGAUUUACAUCACCGGCGUGGACAAGGGCUCCGAAGCGGAAAGCACUGGUCUCAAGGUUGGAGACCAGAUUCUGGAGGUGAAUGGCCGAAGCUUCCUCAGUAUCCCCCACGACGAAGCGGUGAAGCUCCUGAAGUCCUCUCGCCACCUCAUCAUGACCAUCAAAGACGUCGGGAGGCUGCCUCAUGCUCGGACCACCGUCGACGAGACCAAAUGGAUCGCCAGCUCCCAGAUCGGAGAGACCGUGGUCAACCCAGCAGGGGUAUCUGGAGAUCCCACGGCAGAAGGGACAGCAAAGCCAUCUUUUUACAAAGGUUUGGCUGGAUCCCAAGUGACCCUCAGCAGCCUGGUGAACCAAAGCCGAGUGAUGCUGGAGGAGCAAGCGCGACAUCUCCUGAACGAGCCCGAAAGAGCCACCAUGGGCUACUACUUGGAUGAAUACAAAGAGAACAACAUCCCCGUGGAUGCCCUUGUCAUGGCUCUCUUUGAACUGCUGAACACUCAUGCCAAGUUCUCGCUCCUGUCCGAAGUCAGAGGUGUGAUCUCGCCUCAGGAUCUCGACCGAUUUGACAACCUGGUCCUGAAGAGGGAGAUUGAAUUCAUGAAGGCCCGCCAGCCCUCCGGGACGGGGACGGGGACGGACUCCUUCUCCAUGAUGUCUUACGGCGACACGGUCUCUUCCACCGGGAGCCACUUCACUUCCACAACUGUCAGUUCGGCCCGGGAACGACUCUUGUGGCUGAUCGACCUCAUGGAGAAUACAUCGGAUUUAGAAGGAGGAGACGGCAGCCAAAGCAGCAUCAAUGCCCUGCCUGACGUUUCCCUGGAUGAUGUUUCUUCUUUCCCCGACGAGCCCCCGGCUUUCAAACCUCCACCCCCCCAAGCUUCACCCCAAACCACAGCAGAGAACUCUCCUUCCCAGAACAAGCCCGUCUUGAAAGGAAGGCGCCAAAGGCCGUCCUCCGAAUCCUCCCAGUCGGGGCUCUUCUUCACGGCGCCCCGCAACCCCACGCCGCCCCCCAGCCUCUCCGAGAAGGACACCGUCAGCCUGGCCUCUUCGUCCUCCACCACGGCUUCAUCCGCCGACGGUUCCAUCUACGCCUCCAUCAGUUCGGCCACCCACCGGGGCUCCCGAAGGCCCGCCGAGGCCCGCUUGUUGUUGGUCAACCAACACCCCAUCGGGCCCUUCCCUCGGGUCCGCUCGCCGACACGGCUCAAGACACCCUCUCCGGAGACCACAGAGGCCACUUCCCCUUCCCCGCCUCCGCCUCCGCCCCAUCCUGCUCCGGCUCCUCCGGCCGAAAAAGGUUCCCCGGAAGCCGGGGCUGCUCAGCACUUCAUCAUGGUGGAGGUCCACCAGCCCAACAGCGAGCCCGAUGUGAAUGAAGUCCGGCCUCUGCCCCAAGCCAGAGACUCUCUCCUGCUCUCGCCCACCUCAGCCUCCACGCUUUCCCAGCUUUCCGACAGCGGGCAGACCCUCAGCGAGGACAGUGGCGUGGACAUCGGAGAGGCCGAGGUCAGCGCCCGGGAGAGGAGCCGGAUGCAGGGUCCCAACAAAAGCCGGAGCCCCCAGGAGACCCUCAAAGCGGACGGGACGCUAGAGCCAACACCCAAACCACCAGGCCUUCUAGAACCGACAUCCCAUCUGAUCCGAGUGACAAAGAGCACCCCAACCCUGGGCAUUGCCAUUGAGGGAGGAGCCAACACUCGGCAGCCUUUGCCUCGGAUCGUGACCAUCCAGAGAGGAGGUUCUGCCCACAACUGUGGAAAGCUGAAGGUGGGCCACGUCAUCUUGGAGGUGAACGGAGUCACCCUUCGAGGGAAGGAGCACCGCGAAGCGGCUCGGAUCAUCGCCGAGGCCUUCAAAACCAAGGACAAGGACUACGUGGAUUUUCUAGUCACAGAGUUCAACGUUGCACUUUAGGAGUGGGGCAGCUGGAGCCCCAAAGCCAAAUAAGAGACAAAGGGGGUGAAAGCGAGAAGGAAAGAGAAGGAAUGGACAGGGUUCCACGUAGGCUGCCACAUGUGUGUUGCAAUAUGUGUGCUGUCACGACAUCUAGAUGACUCCGAGCAUCCCAUAUAUAAGCAUCAGUGGCAUUGGACAUAUACAGGACAUCCUACCAAGCUUUGGGUUGAUGUCCCAAGACUCAGUCCAGAUUCUCUUACCAAGCUUUGGGGUGAUGUUCUAAAUCUCAGUCUGAAUUCUUCUACCAGGCUUUGCGUUGUUGUUCCUAGACACAACCCAGAUUCUCCUACCAAGCCUUGGGUUGGUGUCCCAAGACUCAAUCCAGAUUCCCUUCCCAGACUUUCAGUUGGUGUCCCAAGACUCAGUCCAAAUUCUUCUACCAGGCUUUGGGUUGUUGUUCCUAGACACAACCCAGAUUCUCCUACCAAGCCUUGGGUUGGUGUUCCAAGACUCAAUCCAGAUUCCCUUCCCAGACUUUCAGUUGGUGUCCCAAGACACAGUCUAGAUUCUCCUACCAAACAUUGGGUUAGUGUUCCGAAACUCAACCCAGAUUCUAUUCUCAGGCUUUGGGUUGGUAUUCCAAUAAUCAAUCCAAAUUCUUCUAUCAGGCUUUGCCUUGGUGUUCCAAGAAUCAAUCCAGAUUAUUUUACCAAGCUUUGGAUUGCUGUUCCAAGACUCAGUUCAGAUUCUCUUCCCAGGCUUUGGGUUGGUGUUCCAAGACUCAAUCCAAAAUCUCCUACCAGGCUUUGGGUUGGUAUUCCAAGACAAUCCAGAUUCUCCUACCAAGCUUUGGGUUGGUGCUCCAAGGCUCAGUCUAGAUUCUCUUACCAAGCUUAGCAUUGGUUUUCCAAGACUCAGUCCAGAUUCUCCUACCAAACAUUGAGUUAGUGUUUCACAACUCAAUCCAGAUUCUCCUACCAAACUUUGCUAUGGUAUUCCAAGAAUCAAUCCAGAUUCUCUUACCAAGCUUUGGGUUGGUGUUCCAAGACUCAAUUCCCCUACCAAACAUUGAGUUAGUGUUUCACAACUCAAUCCAGAUUCUCCUACCAAACUUUGCGAUGGUAUUCCAAGAAUCAAUCCAGAUUCUCUUACCAAGCUUUGCGUUGGUGUUCCAAGAAUCAAUCCAGAUCCUCUUACUAAGCUUUGGGUUGGUGUUCCAAGACUCAGUCCAGAUUCUCCUACCAAGCUUUGGGUUGGUGUUCCAAGACUCAGUCCAGAUUCUCCUACCAAGCUUUGGGUUGGUGUUCCAAGACUCAGUCCAGAUUCUCCUACCAAGCUUUGCAUUGGUGUUCCAAGACUCAGUCCAGAUUCUAUUACUAAGCUUUGGGUUGAUGUUCCAAGACUCAGUCCAGAUUCUCCUACCAAGCUUUGCAUUGGUGUUCGAAGACACAAUCCUAAUUUUCCUAGCAGGCCUUGGGUUGGUGUUCCAAGACUCAGUCCAGAUUCUCCUACCAAGCUUUGCGUUGGUGUUCUAAAACUCAAUCCAGAUUCUCUUACUAAGCUUCAGGUUGGUGUUCCAAGACUCCAUCCUAAUUCUCUUCCUAAGCUUUGGGUUGAUGUUCCAGGACUCAGUCCAGAUUCUCCACAUCUGACACCAUCCCAAGACAGAUAUGCCUAGAGGAAGAGUCUUGAGGUCCAAGACAGGACCAAGAAGGUCACCUGCUGAGAGGACUUCUUCCUAUAUACCAUCUUCACUUGGUUGGCACACCAUGGUUUAAGACCAGUGAUGCUAAACUUUGGUGUUCCAGGUCUUUGGGACUCCAAUUCUCAGAAAUUCUGGGAUCUGAUGUCCCAAACAUCUGGAGGUCCAGAGGUUGUGUUCCACUGGUUUAGACCUUCCUCAUGCCCUUGUCUGAAAUGCUCACCUGACCAUCUUCUGUAGCUUUGCAUCAAAAGGGAAGCAUCUCAACGUCUUCACGCUUUGGGAAGGUUCCUGGUCUGCCUUUCCAUUCAUUCAUAGCCAGCGACGGAGGACACCUCGCAAAUGCCUCAUCGGCGUCACGAUAUUUAUAUUCCGAAUCGCCUGCCCUGUUUCAUUUUUCAAUAAAGCAAAUACAUUCAAAGUGGGUUGGAAUGAGA